GCCGGUGAGGCACGUGAGCGAUGGAGACCAUCUGGAUCUACCAGUUCCGCCUCAUCGUGAUCGGGGACUCCACCGUGGGCAAGUCGUGCCUCCUGCACCGCUUCACCCAGGGCCGCUUCCCCGGGCUGCGCUCCCCUGCCUGCGACCCCACAGUCGGCGUGGACUUCUUCUCGCGCCUGCUGGAGAUCGAGCCGGGCAAGAGGAUCAAGCUGCAGCUCUGGGACACGGCGGGACAGGAGAGGUUCAGGUCAAUAACUCGAUCUUACUACCGCAACUCAGUUGGUGGAUUUUUAGUAUUUGACAUUACUAACCGUCGAUCUUUUGAACACGUGAAAGAUUGGUUGGAGGAGGCAAAAAUGUAUGUACAACCAUUCCGGAUUGUGUUUCUGCUAGUGGGACAUAAAUGUGAUUUAGCUUCACAACGUCAAGUUACAAGGGAAGAAGCUGAAAAAUUGUCAGCAGACUGUGGUAUGAAGUACAUAGAAACCUCAGCCAAAGAUGCUACGAAUGUUGAGGAGUCCUUCACCAUCUUGACAAGAGACAUAUAUGAACUCAUUAAAAAGGGAGACAUUUGUAUUCAGGAUGGCUGGGAAGGGGUUAAAAGUGGUUUUGUUCCAAAUACUGUGCAUUCUUCUGAGGAAGCAGUAAAGCCCAGGAAAGAGUGCUUCUGCUGACUUCUAACAUGCCAAAGAAUUAACAGGAACAGCUUGGAUGUCAUUUCAGGAUAAAUACCAACAUCCAGCAGAGUGAUGCAAUGAAAGCAUUAAAAAUAAAUUAUAAACCCACGCUAGCACUAUUUUGUAAGGUUUUGAUUCAGAGCCCUGUGCUUACUUGUUACACUAUAAGAUUGGAUAUUUUGCUAAAUUAUCAGGCAAAGCGGAUAAUUUCAGAGACUCCUGAACUUGGAGUCUCUACAUAAUUACCUGCAUUCUCACUUUGCUAGCAUAUAGCUGACCUCAGUGUUCAGAUAUGUGAACAUUACUCAUUUUUCUUGACAGUUAAAAAUGGAUUUUUGUAUAUGUAUAAUCUGAUUGAAAAGAUUUUAUCAGGAGUAUGUUAUCUUACAUUAAUUAAUAUUGAAUAGUAAAGUGCAUUUAAGAGUACACCGUUCACUUGCAAGGUAAAAAAUCUCAGAGGUAUCGACUAGGUCUCAACUAUCAAUUCCCUGUUUUAGGUACCAGUUUUUUACAACUUUCCAAAAUAUUUAUGCUCCCUUAUUCUGUUUGAAAGCAAGAAAACAAGCUUUAUACUCAUUUUUGUUUACCAAUUUAUUGUUCCUGAAACUUUUGUGUUUUAUAAGCUAUCUAAGGA